AUGUCCAAUGCAAUGCCGAAUGCACCUUCUAUAAGUGCACACCCAUCACCAAUUUGCCUUCUCGCAACAUUAUUAGACCCCCGGCUGAAAGAAAUGUCUUUUGCAAAUGGAGAAACUCGUAAAAAUACCAUUAAUGAAUGUAGACUUCAACUUCACCAACUAAUGGAUAUACAAUCACCAACAUCAAAUAAAAACGCUAUUUCACCUAGCUCAAAAAAUCUCUCCUCUAAUAAUAUGUUUAAGGACCUUAUAUUUGGUAGUGCUCAAAGAUCAGAUGAACCUACGGAUGAAUUGGAUUCUUAUCUUGACUUAAGGCAGGCACCAAUAGCCUUUCCUGACAAAGAUCCUCUCUUAUG